UCCCCGGCCCGACCCGGCAGCUGCGGAGGGCCGGAGCUGAGGGCCGGAGCUGUGCCUGUGCCUGUGCCUGUGCCUGUGCCUGUGCCUGUGCCUGUGCCUGCCCCUGCCCCUGCCCCAGCCCCUGCCCCGGCCGCGCUGCCCGCCGUGACCGCGGCGGGACCGCCCCGAGCGCCUGCGGAGCGCGGCCGCGGGGACACGGGCGGAGCGGAGCCCGGGGGCGCGGGUCGGGCACCACGGCGAGGAGGCAGAAGAGGAGGCAGAAGAGGAGGAAGAGGAGGAGGAAGAGGAGAGCGCGGCGCGCCGGGCACAGCUGCGCGCUCCCCGCGUCCCCAGGAUGAAGAUGGUCCGUGUCCUGCUGGUUUCACUCUGGCUGUCCAUGGUCACCCUUGGCAGAGCCUCAGAGCGCUGCGAUGACUGGGGUGUGGACACCAUGAAGCAGAUCCAGAUUUACGAUGGGGAACCUGCCAAGAUCAAAUGCCCACUUUUUGAGACCUUCUUGAAGUACAACUAUAGCACAGCCCAUUCUGCUGGCUUAACCCUGAUCUGGUACAGGAUCGCGCAGGACCGGGAUCUGGAGGAGCCCAUUAAUUAUCGCCUGCCUGACAAUCACAUCAGUAAGGAUAAAGACACCCUUUGGUUCUGGCCUGCUCUUCUCAAUGACACUGGGAAUUACACCUGCAUGCUCAGGAACACAACCUACUGCAGCAAAGUUGCUUUUCCCUUGGAAGUUGUUCCAAAAGACCAGCACUCUUGUGUGAGCCAUUCCAUAAAACCCACUGAGGAGAUGUUCUACUUGGAGCAUGCCAAUCAGAAGAUCACAUGUCCAGAUAUUGAUGGGUUUUACCCUGCCAGUGUGACACCAACUGUCAAGUGGUACCUGAACUGCAACUCGGUGGAUGGCUUCUAUGAGCGAUACCCCCAGGGGCCCAGGCUUGUCAUUGGCAUUGUCCGCAGUGCCUAUAAAGGGAAUUACACUUGCAUUGUGACAUUCAAGGACCACGGAAGAACCUAUAAUCUCACCAGAACCAUAAAGAUGAAGGUGGUGGGAUCUCCAAACAAGGCCUUGCCACCACAGUUCACCUCUCCAAAUGAGAAAGUUGUGUACGAGCUGGAAGCAGGUGAUGACCUUGUCCUGCCCUGUGAGGUUUUCUUCACAUUCCUGAAGGACUCCCGGACUGAGGUGUGGUGGACCAUAGAUGGGAGAAACACAGAUGACAUCACAGAUCCCAAGAUAAAAGUCACACAAAGUGAAAUUACCAGAGAUUUUGAAGACAAAACUCUGGUAAGGACUCUGACAGUUGCAAAGGCCACGGCGGAGGAGCUGAGGCGGAAUUACACGUGCCACGCCAGGAACGCCAAAGGCGAGGAGCACAGCCAGGCCGUGGUGCGCGUGAAAGUUGUAGCACCCAAGUACACUGUGGAGCUGGCCUGUGGCCUGGGGGCCACCAUCCUUCUCGUUGUGGUGCUCAUAGUCAUCUAUCAUGUGUAUUGGCUUGAAAUGGUCCUCUUCUAUCGGGCUCAUUUUGGAACAGAUGAAACCAUUCUAGACGGGAAGGAGUACGAUGUGUACGUGUCCUACGCGCGCAACGCGGAGGAGGAGGAGUUUGUGCUGCUGACGCUGCGGGGAGUCCUGGAGAAUGAGUUCGGGUACAAGCUGUGUAUCUUCGACAGAGACAGCCUCCCUGGGGGAAUUGUCACAGACGAAACCCUGAGCUUCAUCCAGAAAAGUCGACGUCUGCUUGUUGUCCUGAGCCCCAACUACGUCUUGCAGGGGACACAGGCCCUGCUGGAGCUCAAGGCUGGCCUAGAGAAUAUGGCCUCCAAGGGCAACAUCAAGGUCAUUCUAGUGCAGUACAAAGCCAUCAAGAAGAGCAAAGUGAAGGAGCUGAAGCAGGCCAAAGCAGCCUUGAAUGUCAUUAAAUGGAAAGGCGAGAAAUCCAAGUUCCCAAAGGGCAGGUUCUGGAAGCAGCUGCAGGUGGAGAUGCCAGUGAAAAAAAUUAGCAGGAGUUUAAGCCUUGAUGGAUUGAUGCAUAUCCCUGAAAAAUGUUUGACGCAAUCAGAAAACAAAUCAAAACACACCUCAAAAAUCCACAAGUUAGGCCAGGGAGUGGGGAGGAACUCAGGUUUUUUCCCAUGAAGGACCACGUCCCGAGCAUUUCAGAGGAUAGUUGUGUUUUCCCUGCAGCUUUGAUAUUGCUCUGUCAUUAGAGAGACCGAAGAUGCAAACACCUGCUUUCUGCCAAUGUAUGUCCUUGCUAUCAACCACAAAAGCCCUGGGCUUAAGGUCUAAAUUUGCUAUCUAGGAGGGAUGCAUCCAGCACCUUGUGAUAGCAUGGCCAGUACUCCUAGAUCCUGUUCCUAUGGGACCUUCAUUAGCAUCCAGGACAGAGCUUCCUUCCAGUCCUAAGUAACUUCACUCCUUUCUGGUCCUCAGUCCCUGUUGCAGAGGCUGAGGAACAAUUUGCAAGGUGGCUCCAGUGUAGAGCCUUUCCUGCAUGUCCCAGGUCUGUAGUCCCCAUCACUUGUGGGAUCACAGACUCCUACUGCACUGUGGGGGUGUGGACUUUUGAAGCCCCUCAUCUUCAUUCCCCAAAUUUCCUUUGAAGUAGAUGCACCCAGGUAGUUUCCAGUGGGAAAUAGAUGUUACAGUAGCAUUAAAAAAACCCCACAACUCUACUGGGUGCUAUUUGUAUUGUAGCACAUCUAGUAACAAGUAGUCAGUCUCUGGGACUCUGUAGUCUCAAAAGUGCCCCAGGUCCUUCAGAGCUGCUUGUAAUCCAGGGAAAUCUCUCAUGAGUACAGGCUGUGGAGCGUGUGAGAGAUGUUUAUGUGUAGAGUAAACUCAGGGACUUCACAAGCACUACAAGGAGCCCCAAUGUACUACUGAACCUGCCUACCCUCUCUGCCACUGGCUGGGGGAAAGCAUCGUGCAAGGUGCUUCCAAGUUCUUUGGAAUGACAUGGAUAUAAGUCCAACUCAGAAGGACACCCCAGAAACUUACUUGAACUUCCUAAAACUACUAGUUCUGUCCAUGUAGGUAAAACUGUGAGGACAGGCUGAGAAAGCUGGGGAUGUUCUCCCUGGAGAAGGCUCCUGGGAGACCUUUUCGUGGCCUUUCAGUGCUUAAAGGGAGCUUAUAAGAAAAGUGGGGAUAGACUUUUUAGUAGGGCCUUUUGCAAUUACCCCUUUAUGGACAAGGGGUAAUGGUUUUAAACUAAAAGAGAGUAGAUUCAGACUACAUUUAAGGAGGACAUCUUUUACAAUGAGGGGGGGUAGAACACUGGCACAAGUUGCCAAGGGAGGUGGAUACCCCAUCCCUGGAACCAUUCAAGGCCAGGUUGGACAAAGUUGUGAGCAGUCUGAUCCAGUUGAAUAUGUCCCUGCUUAUUGCAGGGAGGGUGGUCUUUGAAGGUUCUUCCCAACCCAAAUUAUUCUAUGGUUUUAUAAAGACUCUCUCUUCAAUGCCUGGUUUUGCCAUUUCUAAUUCAAGGUUUAGGUUUAAACCAGCUUUGGCUUUACAAAGUCUCUCCCCAUCUUGAUUCCAGCCUAAAGCUGCAGAACAGAGAGUGUAUCUCAGCUUCUGCAACAUUUGCACAAAACAGAAGUACAAAAACCCACUGUGUAGGUGCCCUUGCUUCAGCAGGAGAGGGCAUGGUGAGUAAACCCCCAUCACACAGCUCAUGCUGAGGAGGGGAGUUUAAUCUCUCUUGUAGGACAAACUAAAGCACAGUAGGGCCCUGGCAUAGACUGGUGCUAUGGUUCACAAUGUUUUCAAAUAAAACUUCAGGUUCUGGGGGGUGUCUCCAUACUCCUGCAGCCCUUAGUGCAAGGACCUGCCCACUUAAUUGUGGAGUUCAGUAUUACACACACCAAGUGCAUGCUUAUUUUUAUUGGUGAUGGUUGUUCCUGAGUCACCUUUGACUCAUGCAUUUGUUCUGUUGGUGUCCAAUGGGUGGGGCAUAAGCAUUCACUAUGGCAUUAUAAAAGCACUACAAUUAGGAGUCUAUGCACUAUUUACCCAGCUGAGCUGGGAGCUUUGAGGGCAUCCCAGUAAAAAGCCCAGCCUUAAAGGUGUGGGACUGGUAUCAGGAAAACCUUUUGCCCUUAGCAAUUUAUGAUUAAUAAUGUUAUUCCAGGGCUGCAGGGAGCUACUAAGCCCCAUGCCCUUAGUCAGGUACUGUGUGUCGUGUUUAGGAAAGGUACUCCACAAUUCAGGGAAACUGAUGUGCCCCUCAUUUUCCCCUUCUCCCUCCUUCUGCAGAGGGAGGAGAGGAGAAUUGAAGGCACAAAAGGUAAAGAUCCUGCUUUGAGAUAAGAAAAAUUUACUGGAAACAGCAAUGAGAUAAGAAAAUGAACAUUAACUACAACAAUACUGGUGAUAGAGGGUACAAGAAAUUAAUCAUUCCCAUGGAAAAACCCCCUGACAAUUGACCAUAUCCAACCAUUCCUUCUGCUGCCCUGCACUGGCCCAGCUGCGCUGUGCUGGGACCCUUUCUCCCAAAAGAGAUCCCCUUCCCUCCACUCCUUGCAAAUGCAAGGUGGUAUAGAAUAACUUCAGUGUCCUGGACAUGCCCCCUCCUGACUACUGCAGAAACUAACCCUGUCCUGGCCGGAACCAGGACACUGUACAGAUGUGUAACAAAUAAAGCUUCUUUCUUACUGUCCUUUUCAUCUUUCCCACCCCAAGUAAGCUUUGAUUUAAGCAGGUAAAAUUGCAGUCAGCUUCACUGGAGGCAGUGGAGCUCCUCAUCUGCUCAGAGGUGCUUAAAAGUUUUGUUAUGAGCUUUUCUGCUGUGGUUGUCUGUGGAGGGACAGAGCUGCUUCCCACACUCCAGAAAACUUCAUUUAUAAGAGAUAGCAUCCAAACCCAUGCUUGGCUUUGUGAACCCAUUGCAACCCUGUCAUUGUGCCCAGCUUCACCUUUUUGUUUGUGUUUUAAGCAUCUCUGUGAUCAGCUGCCAGAUCUGCAGGCAGAGGGAAGGCCCUGAAGCCAAAGCAGAGCUCUGUUAGGUUCUCGUAUGAUUUUUAAAAGAUUGACUCCCACAUGCUCAUAAAUUGAAUCUCAGACCUCACUACAUCACAUCUCACUAUUGCCUGAGUUAACAAGAGAUUUUAUGCUGAUGUUUUAGUAAGUCUGAUUAUUUUAGGAAUUUAAAUCCAUCUCAUGUAUUUUGCUGAUUUUAUUAGAAGAGUUUUCCAGAUAAUGAAUAGGCCUGGACUUUCUCAGGCAUACACUGCAGUGGCCUUUGGUGUCAUUGACUAGUUGAGGUGUUAGAACAUGGGUUGGACUCGAUGAUCUUAAAGGUCUCUUCCAACCUAGAAAUUCUGUGAUUCUGUGAUUGCACCCCCAGAACAGGGUUACUGAGGGACAUCAGCAGAGCAGCCACAAGGUGAAGGUUUGGAAGGGACCUGAGAGGUCAGAGGGAGCAGUGUGGAAGGAACAGUCCAGAAGCAGGUUCCACUCACCCAGGAGCUUUACCACUGGCUUUGCUGGGGUAUUUCAGGCCAAGGGUAAAGCCCAGUCCCAACUGUAAAGUAGAUCUGCGAGUGCCUCAGAUACGCCUGUCAUGUCAUUCUGUGCCACGUGUGGUUUCCAUUGUGGGAUUCUAUCACAGCAUCCGUCUGAAUCAGUUGAUUCAUUUGAGUUUCUGUGCUCUAACCUAACAUUUAUCAAUAUGCAGCUCAUGCAAAGUUCCUAAUUGUUUUUUCAUUGGGAAACAGCAUGGCACAAAUUGGAAAAAAUAUCUUCCCUUCCCGUGUUGUUUGAUGUUGUACAGCUGUUCCAGAGUUUUCCCUUUUCUGUAUGUUUUUGCCUUUGUGUGAUUUGGUUUGUGAAGUGUCAGUAUUAUUUUAUUUUGCUUUUCAAUAAAACAUUUUCAUUUUUGCAUUUCAGUCCUUGUGCAUUUCUCAUAAGUACCAUCUUCUCAUUUCGUCUGCAAAAUGCUGUUAAAGAAAGAUGAUGUGUGUGUAGUCCAAGAAUCAAGAUCAUUUGGGGCUCCUCCCUGGAAUGGAACACUUUCCUGGCUGUUUCAUGCUGUGCCUGCAGAGACACCUGGGCUCCCAGGACCAUCCAAGCAGAAACACAGCGACACACAGCAUUCAGAUGUCUCACAGCAGUGGACACGCACACACAGAAAGUCUUUGAUCUAAAGAGUGUUCACUUGGCAAUCACAAGACAGAAAGAUGGGAAGGCAACAUAAUCUCUGCUUUAAAUAUCAAAUCAGAAUUUUAGAAAUCUGCCAAAACCACAGAAAUCAAACUCACUCUCAGGCUACUUUGCCCAUCAGUUUCUAGGUUCAGUCAGCUUCAUAUUUUCUCAUCCAAGUCACUUUCUUGCCCAUUUCCCAUGUUUGCCUGCCUGCAGGUAAGUUGACAGACAGCCCAGCACUUCCAGGCCGCUAGCAAAAUGAGUACCUGUGACCACCUAUGGAUUUGAGGUCUCUGGGUAUGGGACCUGUGAUCAUAAUCCUUAUAAUCUGUUACAUCUUUGGAGUGCAUUGGGGAGACACAAGUAAACCAGUAAAAAUAUGCAGUGUCUUUUGCAAACAUUUAGUGAAGAUGGAAGGUUUUUUAGUAAAAAGAUAACCAAGAGUAUUGAAUCCCCAAGCCCCUGCAGUGUUAUUGUUGCCUGUCCCACCCAGUGCUGUUUAACUGGGAGGGAAGAUUUUACUUGCACUGUGAAGUGUCUACUCAGGAUUUUUCCUGAGCUGGGUAAACAAUGCAAACUGAACAUCCCAAGGUACCCUGGUCAGCCAACUCUAAAUGCAUCCCUUUCUUAAAAUGAAAUAUAUCUUUGGAAAUUUGAACACCCUUCUUGCAAAAAAAAAAGUCUAAAAAAAAAAGAGUGUCAAAAAACAUGACUCUCAAAAUAAAAAGUCUCAAAAAGUGUUGCAAAUUCAAAAUGGGUAAAAGAAAACCAGCACUGUCACCUCAAGCAAAACAUUUCAUUUCAGCAGCAUCAGAGUAAUUCAUGUUAAUUGAAGCUGGGCUUUUUGAGCAGGCAGGUAGACCUCCCAGGGGCUGCUCCUGCUUACAUUUUGCUGUGGUUCUGUGAUUCCAGUUUCAAAAAGAAAGACCUUUCAAACAGCGAAAGAGCUCUUUCUUUCACAAACUGUUGAAGCCUGGCUGUUUUCAAAAUAGAUUUCAAUCACUUGUAGAAAAGUUUGGAUGAGAUCUGGACGUGGGAGAUUGCUGCCAAUUCUUUAUGCCUUUGAAACAGGGUGGUAAAAAUGUGUCCUAGUGGUAAGUGACAGAACUAUCAUCUACUUUUGGUUUCAAUGAAUCAGUGUUUUCCUGUGUGUGCUGGGGGUAAAAAUCCCACCAAACUUUUCAUGCAAGAAAAAAACACCCUCAAAAUGAUUUGAUUUAAAUUCCAGUAUUUUAUUAACCAAACAGUGCCCUACUUUCUCCAUUAGCAUUUGACUGUAUGAUCAUUUUUCCUUUCUUGGUCUCCACAUAAUCUAGUGACAAUGAGUUUUACAGCUAGUCAUACUUCUUUGAAAAGUACUGCUCUGUACCAUAUUAAAAUAAGGUGCAUUCAGAUGCAACACAGUACACCUUCUGCUGUGAGAUAAGAGACAGCCAAGCGCUGGGAGAAUUAAGAGGCAUUGCCAUUGCAGGGAAGGAACAGUAUUUUUAUUCAUAUAAAAGAGCAGUGUUCCACUGUCAGGGAGAGAGGAGAGUCUCCAGCCUGAGGAAUGAAGGCUUUAGCAGUGUGAAAUGGAAGGGAAGCAGGAGGUAGCUCUUCUUCCCAGAACAGCUCUUUGAAAGACAUUCCUAGAGGCAGAUUUUUCUCUCUGAAUGUGCAAGAGCUCUUACUCUAAUGAUCCUUGUCUUGAACACCAAUUUGUCCUUGGAUCCCCUCUCAUCUCAGGCACCAGCACUUAGUAAGUGUAUGGGUUUUUAAAUUUUUUUACAGUUUUAUUACUCAGCUUUUGUUGAAUUGCUGAGUGCCACAGCCAUAUAGUUCCCAUCCUUUCCACUGCUCACCCUUCAGCUACUACACCUUCAAUAUACUUUCUGUGUCCCAAGCCACAGGUAGAAGUCCAAGGACAUCCUUCAGGUUUGCUACUUUUGAAAACUGGUAAUAAAAGAAAUGUUACUCUUGCCUGGCACCAUUUCAGCUAAGCUUCUUCCUGAGCUUUACAACUUGCAAUUAAUUCCAAGAAAUGCUUUGAAGGGCAGUAUUUCCACCCCCCAUGAUGCCUAGGGGAACUGGUGGAGGGGUUUAAGGCUGACAUUUUUUGCUUUCUAAAUUUGGAGGUUUCUUUUUAAAGAUGAGAGAGCAUGACAGGGGGGAGGUGGGUCAGCCCCUGCAGUUUGAGCUGGGGCAGGAUGACAUGAUUGCUUUGAUCCCCUAAUGCAAAGAAUUGCUCAAGCUGUGGGCAGGUGGUUCCCAAACAAGACCCACCCUUUAUCAAAUGCCUGCACUUCUCUGGGCAUGCUUGAUGCUGUGCAGAAGUCAGAGUAUAAUCAUGGCAUAUCCUGGCUUCUCAUUUAUGCCUCAGCCUUCUCAAAAACCCACUGCACAGCAAAAAUGCUGCCAGCAGGAGGGUGGGCAAGUGGAAAGUCACAGAGCUUGUGCCAGGUUUCCCUCUGUGGGAAGAGGGAUCUGUGCAGGUAUGCCACCAAACAGCUUCCUUAGCUUU